AGUUCGUUUACCCAGCUUCUGGGACCUACGACAUUUUGGAAAAUGCUAUCAUCCUCACUGCGCCGGGCAGUCUGGGCCCCCAUUGUCCCCAUCUCAGGCAUUACACGCGCCUCGAGCCAAACUCUCACCACCUCCUCGAACAACCUCACCGGUUCCGCGCAGCCUGUGCGUCAACGGCGCUACUCCUCGUCCUCGUCCUCCAAGCCUAGCGAUGGCUCGAGGAAGUUGGACGCCUCGUCCCAGACCCCUGCGAAGGAGGUGAACUCGGGCAAGUCUACCCGUCGACGAGGCAAGGACAGCAACGGUCGCGCCGGCUCCAAGCAGCAACAGCAGCAGCAGACGGCGUUUUCCCGGCUUCCCAGCGUCCCAUCGACCCAGCACCUCCUGCCACAUGAUGUCCAGGUUGCCUCGUUUUUCUCCAUCCACCGUCCCAUCUCCGUCUCCACCAGCGUGCCUCCGACGUCCACCUCCGAAGCCUUUGACUCCAUUUUCACCGCGCGCAAGCCCGGCGUGGACGAUGUGAUCUCCACGCUCUCGUCCGCGGUACAAACGUUGGAAGGCGGAGAUCAGGAUCCCAACCACUACCACAACGUAUUGCAGGAGAUGACCAACCGCCACUACCAGAGCGUGAUGCAGCAGCAGCAGCAUGGCCAACCGAUCAUGGACAUGUCCCUUUCGAUUGAGGAACUCACCAAGCGCCUGCGUCCCUUCCAUCCGCCCCCGCCCCCGGUCCCCAUGGAUGAGGUCUCCGCCGCCGCCACCGCCGCCGCCGAACAACAAACAGACGCCGGCAUGACGGAAAGCUACUCCACCGUGCUGACCAUCCACGAGUCCACCCUCCCCGACGGCAGCAAGACCUACCAGGCGCACACCGGCCCCUUCAUGCCCACCCAGGACAUGGGCGUUCCCGGCGCCGCCGACGCCGUCGAGGCUUACAUCGACGUCGACCCCUCCGGCAACGCCGGAUUGAGCUACAUCGAGCAGAAUACCAAUGGGCCCAUGCACGCCCUCAGCACAAAGAGACGCCGUCGGUUGAAGAUGAAGAAGCACAAGUUCAAGAAGCUGUUGCGGAAGACGAGAACCCUGCGGCGCAAGUUGGAGAAAUCGUGAGGAUAAGGAGGGCCCCAAGACGUGGUCUCUCUCUCUCUCUGAUUUCACUCUCUCUUCUUUGCUCCCUUCUUUCCCUCUCACCUUGCUAAACCUCCGGCUUGUUUUCCUUUUUCUUUUCUCAUUUUUACUCUCUUAACCUCGAAGCAACUUCAUUGUCUGGUUUGUUCUCGAAUAUCUUUCCGUCUUCCAAACGCAUGCAUCUACUCUCCAUCGAUCUAUCCAUCCAUCAACCCAAACGCAACUUUCUCCCAAUAGACAAUACUAUGUUACAUACUUAUUCUCACCAUAUUGAGUUGCCCAUGCUUCCUCCGAUCUAGUAGGCGUCUAGUCGCCCCGCCAAUUCUGCAGCCAUAGUACACUACGCAAGCC